AUGAACACAGAAGACUACGAAACAUACUACUCCGCGACUACCCUCGAAACCACGCUCAUUCUCUACGCCUACGAGCUAGAGCGAACACACCAAAGAGCACCGACCCUCCCGAGUGAGCGAGUAACGGACUCUAAUGAAUCCUCCAUCGGACACCUCACUCCCAUCAGACUCCGCCCAAGCACGCCACAGCCCUCAGUCCCAGAAGAUGAUAGUGUCCUCCCACAGCAGGACAUGGAAGGGCAAAAUGGCAGCAGGGGUGAAGAAGAUGGGUUUUCCCUUUGGGAAGAAAGCACCAGACGAAACAGCGUCUCUUCAAACGAUGGAGACGGUUCCGGAGAGCAGCUACACGUACGAGAAGCCCGAAGGAUCUACAUUGAUGUUGCUAGAGGAAGAAUCCUCACCGACCGAGGCCAUAAAGUACGCCUCCCAAGUACAACACCAGGAUCAAUUGAAGGAGAGUGGGUACGACCAAAUGCCGGGCGCGAUGUGGGAAGCAGUAGCAGCGGCCCAGCUAGUUCAGACUACGGAACGGCCCGGUCAACAGAUGAGCACACCCAGCGGUCAUGGGGAGAACCCCUCAUGGAAAGAAGCAGCCCAACAACGGAAGGCGAGCCAAGGGAUACGACGGGGGAUUCCCCAGAGCCAAGAAUCCAAGGCCCUGGGUCCCCGACCAGCUCCUCCAGCUGGCUAUCCUGGUACUCGGCAGACGGAACUCAACGAGUCCACGGAAUCGACACUCCAAGACGUUAUACGUCGCUGAUCCCUAGCUCAAGUCGAUACGUUUCAGACCCUCCAAUCCAACCUGACCCCAGAGAACGAACCCAGUGGGCAGAAGAGGAACGUCGCGCCUCAGCCAGAAAUAUUAUCACUAUCGCAGACCUCAGGACAUGGGCAGAUACCCCCAGGGAGUCCACAACUGCACGAAUCUCACCAGUCGAGUCCACCUCAUCUAUCGGGGGAACCCUCGACACUAUCACCGAGGAGGAAAACCCUAUCCCUCUCUCAAUCCCAGAACCCACUGGGACCCAGACCCCAUACUACACCGCCGAAGAAGACCCAUGGGGAGAGCAGACAGAUGCAGAGGAGCUACUCGAGCAGCACCCCCACGCAGACUCACCGCCCUGGCAGCACAGGGUCUUAUUCGCAGACACCAAUGAGGAGGACACUGUCCUCUGGUGGUUCACAGGAGGUCAAUCCCGUGGAGGAACCACCGACAUAUCAAAUCCCGUUGAGGACGAGCUCGAUCAAGCAAGUCUCACAGAUUGGCCUCACUGCAGAUGUCGGAUCUGUCGACGACUAUGGGACCUGGCCCAAGCCCGAUAUAACGAAGUUGGACCUCACCCAGAGCUCGAACCAUUCCUCCUCCCCGAACCUACCUUCUACGUCGAACCCCCCUUUAUAUCACAAAGAGAGCUUCAGUGGUGGGUCUACGACAGGGAGGACUUCGACCAAAUCUUUGAAGAAUACUGA